AAUAAGAUAUUUUCUCACUUAGUAAUUUGCUCAGCUCUGAUCAUGCUAAAACUUUGGUUUGUUUUAUUUAUAUUUUCUAUUGUGAAGUUUUUCACAUUCACGGAAAAGGAGAGAAUAACUUUUUUUUUAAGCAAGUCUAUGUUGCUGCUCUAUACCAGAAGAACUCUUAUUAGGAAAGCAAUAAUUUGCAAGUUUUUAUUAUUAAGUGGAUACCAGUUACCUGGGUUUAAGGCAGUGGAGGUGGAAAUAAUUUCUUCUACCAUUAAGAUCAGGUUAUCUUUCAUUAGACUGGACACUGACACUGCAGCUUUUUCUCCUGUCUACUUCUUUCCUUUGGUGUUCAUUCCCUGAAGCAUCUCUGCAGCAUUAUAUAUAUAUUCAGUCAGCAAGGUUUAUUUCAAAAUUAUUAUGGUAUAUUAAAGUCUUCAUGUCCAAGAGGUAAAUAAUAGGAAUAUAGUCUAGCUAUAUCCACAUUGCUUAUUUUUCAAGCUUUUAAUAGGCUGUUGAGGGUCAGCAGUUGAAGGCAUGUAAAGUAAUUGAGGCUGAGAAAUAACCAUAGGAAGAUUAUUAAACAGAUAGGAUGGAUACACUGUACCUUCUGCCUCAUCUUCUUCUAGUCAUCUCCUUCUUUGGAACUGACCCUUUGAACUCUCUUCUGCCAUCUUCCUUACCAGAUCCUUUAUCCUCCUGGCCAGGAUAAUAAAUUUUUAGCCAAAUUCUGUAGUAGACAUUGCUAAUUUAUCACACAUUCUUUGCCUGCCAAGCCCUGGACAUGCCUUCGAAUCCUUCUCAGCACGAUGCUUCAUGGAGCCAAUUAGAGUUAGCACUAAAGGUGACACCUGGUUACCAUUUCUUUUCUAUCUGACUCUUGUUCCAACCAGAGUAAGACAUUAACUUAUUCAGGCUAUAUUUAUUUUGAAGGCUGAAAAGGAAUAAAGAUAAAAUAGCAAGUAAAGAUGUUUCACUUCAGCCAAGAGACAUUUCUCUGCCUUUCCUUUGCUCAUCUUUUAAAGCCUUUUAUGUCAUUCCUGCCUUUGCUGCUUCUCUCUCUGUGCAGUUUCUGCUGCUUCUUUCCACCUUAUUAGUUUACACUGGGCAGUUAACAUAUUUGUAUUAAGCAGUAUAAACCACAUUUUGAUUCAGUAAUUAAAGAGGCAUUCUUUCUUUGUGUAUGUUCUCAAUUCUUUUGUCACUCUUCUGAGGUGAUUUCUUCUCAUUUUUUGGUAUAAUGAAGUAUUUUUCCCCCCCCAUCCUUGUAUUUAGAUUUUUUUUUUCCAAAGAAAAUUAGGUGCCACCAAACCUCUGGGAGGUGUUUGUUUUGAAUGUCUUCUACCUGGAACUAAGCAAUGGUCUACUACUGCUAAAAAGAUAGGAAUUUGAGAAAGAAUAAGAUAGAAGGAAAUGCUGAAGAUGAAUAAUCUUUCAUUUAGUGAGCUGUGUUGCCUCUUCUGCUGUCCACCUUGUCCAGGGAAAAUUGCUUCAAAAUUAGCAUUUUUACCACCUGAUCCAACUUACACGUUGAUGUGUGAUGAAAGUGGAAGCCGCUGGACUUUACACCUAUCAGAACGAGCAGACUGGCAAUACUCUUCUAGAGAAAAAGAUGCUAUUGAGUGUUUCAUGACUAGAACCAGUAAAGGCAACAGAAUUGCCUGCAUGUUUGUGCGUUGUUCACCCAAUGCCAAAUACACUUUACUCUUCUCACAUGGAAAUGCUGUUGAUCUUGGUCAGAUGAGCAGCUUUUACAUAGGACUGGGAUCACGGAUUAAUUGUAAUAUAUUCUCAUAUGAUUAUUCUGGAUAUGGUGCAAGUUCUGGAAAACCAACAGAGAAGAACCUCUAUGCAGACAUAGAAGCUGCUUGGCUUGCUCUUAGAACAAGAUACGGCAUUCGCCCUGAAAAUGUGAUUGUAUAUGGCCAGAGUAUAGGGACAGUACCAUCCGUGGAUCUUGCUGCUCGGUAUGAGAGUGCUGCUGUUAUUCUUCAUUCUCCUUUGACCUCAGGAAUGCGAGUCGCUUUUCCUGAUACUAAGAAGACCUACUGUUUUGAUGCAUUCCCAAACAUUGACAAAAUCUCUAAGAUAACCUCCCCAGUAUUAAUAAUUCAUGGGACUGAAGAUGAAGUCAUUGACUUUUCACAUGGCCUCGCAUUGUUUGAGCGUUGCCAAAGACCUGUGGAGCCUCUGUGGGUUGAAGGGGCAGGUCACAAUGAUGUGGAACUUUAUGGACAGUACCUUGAAAGAUUGAAACAGUUUGUGUCACAGGAACUGGUGAGGGAGCCCAAAAGAGAAUAUACUUUGCCGAGGUCUGCAAUCUAAUUGUCAACCGUUGUACCAUCUCUCAUUAUCUCUUCACCAAAUUUAUCUGGACUAUUAUACUAAUGAUCCUUCUGAACUACAAUACAACGUAAACUUACUUGCUCUCCAGCGUUAAUCAUAACUUUUUUAAAUGGCUCCUAGAUUCCUUCUUAUCAGCUAGUUAUUCAUUGAAUAAUAAACUACUCAUUUGAUCCUGAAAAUCUUCUAAGUCCACCACUAGAAAAUAGAAUGGGCAAGUUGAAGAGAGACACGAAUAGCUUAUAUGUUCCUGAACACUUCUGAUGCUAUCAGAAAUGGUAAUUAAACUUGCUGAAGUAUCCAAUGUAAUGCCAACUGAAAAAAGAAGAAUAUAAAUGGUUACAUGUCCAUAAAAUGUAAAUGCCCAUAUAAUAAAACCAGAAGGAAAUAAAUACAAUGAAAAAGGAUCGCGUUGAGGAAAUAGAUUUAUCGUGUUUUUCUUAGGUAUCUUAUGUUGCUAUGUUAUGAUUAAAAAAGAAGAAGAAACUGGCUUUAUUUUCACUAGCAGAAACUGGUUCUUUUUAAGUCUGGGUUUCUUAAAUCACAGGAUCCUAGUGCACAGCUCCACUUAUGCAGAUUUUUUUCAAUAAAUACACUGGAAAAUUUU